UUUUUAGGGGAACUUGUCUGCUGCCACACAGACCAACAAACGCAACAGCAAAACUAACAGACAGUGCCAGGGUGAUAUUUAGCUUUUUUUUUUUUUUUUGCUUCAUUUGCAGUAAUGAACAUAAAUUGAGUGACACGCCUACUCACCUGUUACUGUACUUUUUAUCCUCCGAACAUUAUGAAGUCCUGAGGAAUACCUGCUUUGCAUAAAUUGUGAGUUUAUAUCUGCUGCCACACAGAAGAAGUUCUGUCUAAAAAUUGCCUGGUUAUUGAAAAGGGGAAACCAAGUAAUGUUUUCUACACCUUAUAUGGUUUGCCAUAAAACAUGACCAAUCAAUGGACAGUAUUCGAAACUUCAGGAAACAAUGAGAUCAUUUCUAAAUGUCUCAUGAAUUAUACAUUACACUCUCCUACAUAAGAGUGUUUACAGGAAGUUUUUUCCUCCCCUCCUUCUGACUGGAGACAUUUUCAUAUUAACGUGCAACUGACAAAGACCAAAAAGUAGUAGCAUUGUUCCUGCUCUGGAAUUUCUCAGUAUAACUUUGAAGGUUCCUGUUGUGGAUCACUAUAGGAUCAAAGUGUGGAAGGAUGGCCCAAUCCUUAAGGUUUCUUAUGUCGUCCUUUCUAAGAAAGACAAAGGUGGCUUUGCAUUUCACGUGGGAUGUGUACUGCAAACUGACACCUUGCAACUUCAAAGAGAUGGUUGGUCUCUUCUUCCUCUGCAUUGCAAUUGCAGUGUCCACUGCAGGUCUGCUGUACACAUGGAUGUCCUUCACACUGAAGUAUGAUCCUUACUCAUCCCUCAUUGUAGCAGUGGUAUGGGGCUCCAUCCAGGUCCUGGUACUCUACCUUGUCCACCCAUUUCGCUGUGCAUGCACUAUCAUUAUACCAUCACUGGGCACUAAGCAAGGUCGCAAGAUACUUCUUUCAGUUGCACUUACAAUGUCAGUGACCAGCUCCAUACCAAACAUGGCGAGUAACGUUUCGUCCGUAGUCCACAUGAUCCAAUGCUCCAGCAAGGUGACUGUUCAGAAUAUUGUGAACUCCACAUCCAUGAUGACCUCUACCCUGUCAGACAUGAAGGGCUUUUUCCAAACCAUUCCAGAUCUCAAACAAACCUCAUCCAUAUUAGACCUCCAAGAAAGAGCUAAUAUUACUGAAUUACAGAACAAGCUGAGGAAUGCUUCCACAGAGUUCAACACAAAGAUCUCUUCUAUUCAGAAAGUUAUGAAUGUCUUCUCAAUUGUGGCACAAACAGUUAUAGCUGUGGUGUUUGUCUUCCAUUUGCUAGGAGGGUCAGUGGUAUAUGUGCUUAGGUAUGUGACAGAACCAAAAUAUGAUAACAUCUAUCUGACACACAGGCUGAUGGAACUAUUAAAGGCUGAAGGGGUGACCAGCAUCCCAAUACAUUACAAGAGGAAGUUUAUAAAAAGUACUGGGUGGAAGAUGACAAGACGGGAGAUUGAGAGAGGCCUGUUUGCUUCCAUAAAGAUCAUUUUGUACGGACUGAUAUCUGCAGUGAUUAUCGGCCUGGACCAUUUUGUCUUCUUUGUUCUGACAAAUCUAUUGGAAUGGGCGCACAAGGUUCCGGAGAUACACACUUCCAUCACAGUUAAAAUAAAGGUAUAUCUUGAUGGCUUUUUCGGAAAUGCGGCCUCUUUCUUCGGCAAACGUCCUAAAACAAUGGACAAAACAUAUUCUUAUGCAUUCCCGGUUCUGCCAUCUAACUGUGAGCCAAAUCUCCACCCACCGGAGUCCUCCUUGCAGGUGACAAUUGGAGCACUGUACAUUGUGGCUUUCAUCAUGCUCCUGGGAGAGGUGUAUGCCCGGCGGAUCCGCAGGAAAAUCAGUGCCUCCUUCUACAGAGACCGUGAAGAAGUGCGGGUCCAGUACCUUCUGGCAAAGAUGGUAGCGAACAGAGAGGGGUGUGAAAACUGACCUUGCUCUUCUGACAAGGUUAUGAGCCCAAUUUUUCUAGCAAUGUUCAGAAGUCUCUCAUGCCAAAGCUCAGCAGUUUUUAUAAUGGCACACAGUGCUUUGCUGCCAUAUCUGUUUCCCG